UUAGAGGAUAAGAAGGGUUAAAGUUGAUUUUAAAGGGAUUUUAAGGAUUAUGAGUUGUUUUAGGAAUAAAAAUGGAGAAACAGGAAAUUGAAGAUAGAGAUAGAGAGAAGGAAAUGGAGGAGAAGGAAAAACUUGAGAAAACAAAGAAUUUGGGUGUACCUCAAGUGUUAAUAAAUAAAUGGUUAAAUAUCGAAACAAAGAAGUCUAAAUUUGUACAAAAGCAGAACCAAAUCGAUAACGAAGCUGAUGUUUCUAAAUACUCUGAAUCAUCUAUGAGUAUAUCAACCAACAGAUUCAAUGAUAUCGCAAAGAAAAAAAGGCAACGAAUGUCCAAAUUUGUCGCUAAGAAAACUUCUAGCAAUUUGGAAUUACAAUCCUUUGUACAGAAGCCUGACAAACUCUCCAUUGAACCGGCCCCAUCACCAGGUGCUUCUUUCUUAAGCCAUGAAAGAAUCAAAGGUCUUGAGAAAGAGAAGUCUAAGAUUGAACUAUCAGAAGAAGAUGACAAUGACUCUUAUGGAAGCGUAUCAAAUAGUAACCAAGAGUUUGAGGAUGACAACAAGUCAGUAAAGGUGUUAUUUACACCCCCAAAUUCAUCCAAGACUUUUAAUUUCUCAAAGGAUGUUAUAAACAGGAUCUCCAAGAACAACAGGGAUAUAAUUAACAAAAGGAAUUUGGUUAAAAAGAACCAAAUUUCCAAGAUUAGGAAGAAACAAAAUGACUCUCACGAGCAUGAAAAGAGGCUUUUUAGUGAGCAUACUAAAUUCCGGCUCAGGUUGUUCUCCCCUGGAGCUAAGAUUAGCAGCCCAACGGAUCCGAAGUCUAAGACUUUGAUUUCUAAAUUAUGCACUCAGAGUAAAAUUUUGAACAGCCAAUUCAGAGGUUACACGCAGCAGAAGAAGACCAGGAAUAAAGCUAACUGAUUCUGGUCAUGUAAUUCCAUCAGGCAAGAGAGUUCUGUUGCAUCUGCUUCAAAGACGCUUAGAAAUUCGAGAAGAAAUAAAAGGACUCAGAACAGAAGUGUAGUCCCCACUUUGGUAAAUCUUAAAGAGGUUACAGAAAUUCAAGGGAAAACAUUUGCCAAAUUUAAUCUUAAAUUUAAUGAGCCUAACUUGGUCACUCUCAAACCGAAUUUGCUGGCUAAAACUCUUGUGUCUCAGUUCAAAUGCACGGAUAUCAAACCGAAGAAGCUAAAAAGUCCUAAAAAUGCUAACUUAAUAGCAGCAGGGUUUAAGGCUGAAUUGCCACUGCUCAGACCGACUACCACAAGCUUCAGAAAAUGCCUCCCAAUAAGAAGCAGAAAGAUGAAAGUUAAGAUAUCUCUGGAAAGUGUCAAAAAGACAAGAAAAAAUACUUCUAAAAGACUCUGGUCACCUGUCCAUAUGACUACAUGUGAAUGGGUCAAGCCAAUCCCUUAAUUAUUUAUUUUUAUUUUGAAAUCUCUUGAAGGUAGUUUCAACGGU